AUGCCGAUGAAAAUGGCGGUGGUUCAGGCAGUGAUGGCCUGGACGGUGAUAUUCAACUUGCUGAGACUGGUCAACUCGAUGACAACGCUGGGGAAGAUGACAGACAUGUCGAUGUUGACGAGCAAGGAGAUGUUGUUGUUGAGAGUGCACGAGAUGAUGAAGAUCAAUCACGUGAUCUCGAUGAAGACAUUAAUGUCGUUGUUGGUGAAAUACCUGAGGACGAAAACAGUCAGGAAACGAAUGAUACUAUCGACAUUGAAGAUGAAGAAGUAG